GCAGUUUACUACGACCCGGCAUCUUCGCAACCACGUUGCUCUCUCUGUUUACAAACACAAGUGUAAUAGUUCGAGCUAGCAUUUCAUUGACGGUAUUUCAUCAGUUUCAUCCGUUUUUUUGGACACAACCACACCUUUUUCAUUUCUGAUCUGAUAUUUACGGGAUAACAAGAGGUCGGUCUGUCUGCCUGGCAAAAUGUUAUCUACUCUACAUGUCUGUAGCUUUCAAAACUGAGAGUGACUGAAGAUAUUCCAAACCAUUCAUUGCGGAAAUCAUUAUUUCUUACUCGACUGUAACAACUUACGAUGCGCAAAAGCCAAAUUUACAGGGGUUUUCCCGGAAAGUAAUUAAGAAGGUGAUAUCAAUCAACGAAAGCAUCGAGUAAGUAAUCUGAACUAAGGAACGCCUAAUAACCGCUAGUUCCUACAACAACGUGAGAUUUCCCUUUUCUGCGAAACGAGCCAAAGAUACCAUUAUUAUUGAUAUUAAGUUAUUGGACUAUAGCCAACUGGAAUAAAACAAAAAUACUUUACUGUGCUAUGGAUAUAGGCCUACAUAUUAUUUACCUGCAUUAAUAUAAAUCUAAGAAAACUGAUUAUUUCCGGUUUGAAACUAUCGAAUAUUUGGGCAAAGCAUUCCGAAAACACGGUCAAAAGGAGAUAAUUUCUUCAAAGGACAUCGUUGACGUCGGUGAGAUGGCGAAGUCAAAGUCAAAAGCACACAGCAUCGAUUACGACUCUGGUAGAAUGGACGGCGAGAUCAAACUCAAGCGCGAAGUAGGACUGUUCGGCGGUAUCUGCUUUGUCGUUGGGGCGAUGAUCGGUUCGGGAAUCUUCGUAUCCCCAGUCGGCAUUCUUCGGGAAACCGAAAGCGUCGGAAUGAGUCUUGUCAUCUGGCUUCUCUGCGGUUUCCUAGCUCUUGGAGGUUCCCUUUGCUACGCUGAGCUGGGCACAAUGAUCCCUAAAUCGGGCGGAGAGUACGCCUAUCUCCUGGAGUGCAUGGGUGCUCUACCGGCCUUCCUUUUCUCCUGGACUUUUAUCCUGGUGAUACGCCCAUCAACCGUUGCCAUCGUCUGCCUCAUCAUGGGAACCUACACCGCGGAGUACAUCACAAAUAGCGAUUGCUAUGACAACGACCUGGUUGCAAGGAUAUUCGCGAUGAUGGCGCUAUUGAUCCUGACCUUCAUAAAUUGCUACAGUGUGAAAGCAGCCAAUCAAAUCCAGAUCUGGUUUACCAUUGCAAAGCUGCUUGUGUGUGCAAUCAUCAUUGUCAUUGGCUUUAUCAACAUUGGAAAAGGCAAUACGGAGUUCAUUACACCCAAAACGUCGUUCAUGAAUAGUUCGCCCAAUGGACUGUCUUAUGCCUUAGCCUUUUAUCAAGGACUUUGGGCGUAUGAAGGAUGGGGUUUCCUAAAUUCAUUGACUGAAGAGAUUAAAAACCCACGAAGAAAUCUUCCGAUUUCUUUGCUGGUCGGCAUCCCCUUCGUCGCUCUUGUAUAUAUUGCCAUGAAUAUCUCAUACUUCACCGUUAUUACUCCAGAUGAGAUGCUUGCAGCAAAAGCAGUUGCUGUCACUUUUGCACACCGCACAAUGGGAUCUUUCGCUUGGAUCGUUCCGCUUGGUGUGUGUAUGUCGACCUUUGGAGCAGCGAACGCUACCCUGUUUACAGCUGGCAGGUUACCCUUCGUAGCAGCAAGGGAAGGCCAUGUUGCCCAGAUCUUAGGAAUGGUGCAUGCUAAGAGGCUUACCCCUCAACCUGCCGUUAUGUCGGUGUCGGCGAUUGCAAUGGCUCUGAUAUGCAUUGGGGAUUUCGAUGGUCUCCUCAACUACUUUACUUUCGCUGUCUGGCUUUUCUACAGUCUUACCGUAUUGGCUUUGAUUAUAAUGAGAUAUACACAUGCUAGCUGGGAACGUCCCAUCAAGGUUCCGUUGGUAGUUCCGAUCCUGUUCUUCUGCGCAUCUCUGUAUCUUAUCUUCGCUCCUAUCAUCAACUCACCUGCCCUGGAGUUUCUCUAUGCCUUCAUCUUCAUCAUAUCAGGCAUUGCAGUCUACUUCCUCUUUGUCUGGCAUAAGCUGCAGCUCCGAGGAAUGAAUUCCCUGACAAGAUUUCUGCAGAAAUUGUUCUUCGUUAUACCUACCAGCUACAAAGAGAAAGACGAAGUGAAGACACCUCUCUGAAACCAAAGAGAAUCAAUGAACACUCAAAUACAUUGACAAAUUCCACGAUCAGUAAACAUUACAAUAUUUGUAUUGUAUGAAGCAUACACUUCAACGUUCGCAGGUUACACAAUCUUGUAGCCAUGGUAGCUUCAUCUAAACCUUUAGAUAGUCCUACCUUCUAUUGCCCUACGGUGAUCCUGAAUUGGAGCUCAGAUAAUUAGGGUCCAGAACGUUUUAUCAUAUAUACGACUCACAAGAUAUGGAUAAACAAUUUCUAAUCGUAAAGAUGAUUAUUUGCAAGGUUGUUAAGAGCCGAUCAGAGAACAAUGACUUGCCUUCGGUAGUUACAGCAAGCAGUCUCGGCUCCAUGAACAAACUGAAAUGGAGAUUCUCCAUGUAUGGAUUAUAGGGUCUACUUUGGCCGUUUCCUUGUGAAUGUUCUUCCCCUCGUGACUCGAUUCUUCAUCCUUUCUGAUGAACACUAUUCUACGGGAAGAACAAUCUCUGCAUGUGGAAGCCAUAACACGGUGCAAUGUGCAGAACUCAGUCCUGGUGAAACUGUUGACCGUCCUUGCACCAUUACAGAAGCUACACAAUGCGUGAUUGAACUUCUAAACGUGCAAUCACGGUGAGAGUUCCUUUUACAGGGUCUAAUAUAUCACUCCUCUCCGAAGAAGGGCAUGAUGAUUCCAAUCUGAACUGGGAUUUAUUUCGUGCACAACAAUAAUGCCCUGUGUUUUAUACGUGCAAGGACAUGGACACUACUUCUCACAGGGCUUGUAUUCUACAGCCUAUCAGAGGGACAAUGCCGCGUUUUUUUGUUGUUUUUUUUUUUUAGAUAACCUUGCCCCGAAUCUGAAGAUGAGGUGCAGAUAGUUGCGGAAAUGGAUGAACAGGGUAACUAUCCACGCCGCUGCCUCUCCGCUCUUUAUAAUCGAAGCGCUUUCUAAUCUAUAUUCCUGCUUCCCCUUCGGUUUUAAAGGAUUGUGAGAGGCAAAAAUACAAUUUAAUUUCAUGUGAUAGAGAGGGUGAAGAAUAUAUUCACUCUUUCUCCUCUUGUUCACUCUGUAAUGGAAUGAUUAUAAACUAAAAAGUGAACAAGAUAAUGUGUUGUCUUUUGUCAAAGGAAUCUUGCAUGAUUUCUGAAGGUAUGCAGUGAUGUUCUUUGAUAAUACCACCGUGUAAUUAUGUGCCGUGAAUCUGUUCUUAAUUUUUGAGCAUUUUCCGUCCUGUAAAUAUUAAAUGAUGAAAUAGAUAUAUUUUGAUAAUGUAUAUAAUUGUCCCAUUUGAAGGUAUGGCGUGAUCAAGCAAUAUGAUAUUUUUCACCGUUUAAUUCAAAGAAAUGUUCAUGAUUACUUUAUUCUUUUUCGCCUGAAUUCCUAACAGGGUUACUAAGUCAUGUCAUUGCGAUAAUUAUUGAGUUAUUGAAUGAAUUAUAUGACAAAUACAUCAAAGCAAUGUGAGUCCUUGGUAAAUUCGUUACUUCCAUUUUGUUGUUGAUUAAGUUAUAUUAUAAUAUAAUAUAAGUAUAUUAGCAUGUUUUACGCUGAAAACCAAAGUUUAGUGUCCUGAAACGAGAAAGCAUGUGUGAGCAUAUACUACCCCCCUUGAAGAAAUGGUAUGUUCUCCUACUUCGAAAGUGCUUUCUUUCUUUCCAUUAAUUUGCAUCACAUUUUUUGUUAAGUUCAACUGGCCACUCUGUUGGGUUGUCUAGUCGUCUAAUGGUUUAUUUAUUUAAUGAUAUAUAUAUAAAUGAUAUCAUUUCUACAUAUGUAAUGUAAUGUAAAUGUAAUUUGAAAAGCAGCUCAAAUUAUACGUGUUCAAGGAGAUGAAUUUAUAUUUAAGAAGGUAAUAUUUAUUUAUUUCAUUUUGGUUAUCCAUUCCGUGUAUUCUUCGCUGAAUCUAAAGGAAUAUGGUUUUAUUCAUUUCAGAGGCUGUAAUAAAUGCAUGUAAAUAUGAGGCGUACUGAAAAGAAAGUAUUCGACAUAUAUUAUGUCUUGAUCAGUCUGAUAAUAAUGUGAUAAUCAUAAUUGAAAUAUAUCGCUUGGUGUUCUGAAAUGCUUAAUUUAUUAUUUUGUACAUAUGACAAUGAUGGGCGUUUCAAGUGAAAAUUGUUCCGGUUUAUUUAUAUUCAGCUACUGUUAUCCUGAAAUUGAUUUCGCUGAAAGCGAUAAUGACGUACAGAUUUAUAAUAUAUAUAUAGCAAAGAAUACAUUUGUUAUGAGAAGUGCACAGCUUCUUUCACAGGGUGAGAAAUUGAAACAAUAUAUUGCGUUGCUUUAUUUGAUUUAUUUAACAGGUCGGAAAUAAGAUGGUAUAAAUUUUAAUAUCGUCUUAUGAAUGAUAACCAUUAUGAUUUGUUAUGCUUGCCUCCAUGGUGGGGUGUUGAACUGUACUAAAGCUAAAAUAUAAUGGAAUGUUGCAGCCUCUGCUAUGGGGUGUAUGGUGCGCCAAAGAUCUCUUGGUCUAUUUUGAACACUCUUAAACCGUCUUCCAUUUUUUUUUGUAAAUGUAAAUGAAACUGUUAAUCAGGAUGAAAUUACCUUGGAAAAGAAAGCAUGAUAUAACUUCUCAUCUAAGCUGUAUUAGUAAUCGUUUAAGAAUGCAUUUCAGGGGAUCGUUUCAUAAAGCUGUUCUUAAGAUAAGAGUGACUGGUGAUCCUUUGUUGUGGUAAAUGAUAAUUACCAUGUUCUUAAAGUUACUAUUAACUUAGGAACAGCUUUAUGAAACACCCACCAGUUCUUGUUAAAGACAAAUCGACGAGUGUCUUAAAUAAAAGAGCGGCGCUCGAUUUAUAGGCUAAACUCAACAAGGGUAAUACUGGCUCUAAGAUGUCUGAUAUGUCAUGUUGUUGUUCAUGGGUAGCUGUGAGUUCGAACGCGUCAUGCAGCAACUUGAAUUUAAAGAUCAAACUAAAAAAAUGUAACUAAUGAACACCUUGUCUGAAAAUAUUCGUGUUUAUGUUAUAUUAUAUUAUAUUGAAUAACUAAGUUUUUGUGUUUCAUUCUGUGUAACUGUAUUUGUUAUCGGCCCAAGUCUGAUACUGAAUUGGACCGGAAAUAGGUCUAGCUGGAACGCUCAAAAACUGUAAAUAGAACGAUACCUUGCCUGCGUUUACGUUUUCCUCCGUGUUGUGAGUUAUCACUGUGAGUUGUUUCUUUAUUAUCAUUUUCAUAGUGAUGUCGGCGUUCCGCAGACACACUGUCAACGGAUGCUCAAAUCAUUAAAAUACUUAUUUAUAUGAUGUUGAUAUUGGCUAGUUCGCAUUUUCUGAAUAACUAUUAUACUUCCAAGUAAUCCCGCGAUAUGUAAAAUGCAGUACAUAAUACACAUAAAAACAACCGAUGCAUAUACUUAUUAUCACUAACGUCUUGUCAUUCAUAUUGAUCAGUCGUUUUAUGUAAUAUAGAAUCGUACGAGGUGUUUCCUUCCUUAACAGGGUAUGUACCUAAAGGGUGAACCAUGUUCGUAUUGUGGUUGUAUAUUGGUCAAUUGGUGCAAUAACAAUGUCUUUGUUGCAUUAAUGCGAAUAAGUGGUAAUCAAUGAUGGGAGAUGGAUGCCUUUGUAAAAGUAAUUCAGUAAAACAUGGAAAUGAUUAUAAUUGAUUUAAAUCAAUAUCAAUUUAAUUGAAAGAAUACAUGUAACUCCAUGUGAAUGUAUGUUAAAGCAAUAAUUGUUGGGAAUUUAUUCCAAGAAACUUGAUGUGAUCGCCGAUAAAUUGGUGUAUGGUAAAAUAUAAUGUACACAUUGAUUGUGCUCCUUAAUCAAAAGAUUAUUUUGAUUCACAAUAAAAUUGUGUCAAUCGGACAACAAAGUACAAUA